AUGACGACGGGAGUCUUUCAUCACAUUGUCCCAGACUCCUUCACGGGCAAACCGUGGUCCAAGGCCGAUGGCCCGGACAAGUCCUACCGCGACCAAGGUCACGAAUGGAACGUCCACAACCUCCGUGGGCGCGAGCACGAGUUCACCACGGACAACAGCGGCUUUGCCGUUGUGCACGCGCCCGCCCAGGAGAAGCUCUUUGCGAGCAACGACGCCGUGCGCGGGGCCUACUACGCCGAGGUCGAGGCGCUGCUGCGCCGCGUCUUGCCCGCUGGCGGUACUCCCAUCAGAAAGGUGCACAUUUUUGACCACACGGUGCGCCGGCGCCAGGCCGACGCGCCGCGCCAGCCCGUGCAGCAGGUCCACGUCGACCAGACGGCCGCGGCGGCCGAGGCGCGCGUCCGGCGCCACCUGCCCGCCGCGGAAGCCGACGAGCUGCUCCGCGGCCGCUACGCCAUCAUCAACGCGUGGCGUCCCAUUGAGCACGCCGCCCUCGACUUCCCGCUGGCCGUGGUCGACUGGCGCACCACCGAGGCCCGUGACUUUGUCGCCGUGGACCUCAUGUACCCCAAGCGCCGCGCCGACUCGGGCCUCGGCGACUGCGAGGUCGAUGAUGACGACGACGAUGACCGUGGCAAGGAGAAGCUUCCUGAUCCCUUGACAACUGGCUCCGUCGAAGGAUACGAGCCCCGUGGGGAGCAUAUCCAGGUGGCCCCAAAUCCAAAUCACCGGUUCUAUUUCCAAAAGGACAUGAACCCAGACGAAGUCCUGCUGCUCAAGUGCUACGACUCGUUUGGCGAAGGGGAGCCGGGCGGCAUCCCGGGGUUGGCGGUGCGGACUCCCCAUAGCGCGUUCCAUGACCCCAAUGCGCCCAAGGAUGCGCCUGCUCGGCAGAGCAUCGAGGUGCGAUGUUUGGUAUUUUAUGAAUGA